ACCACCGGAGGGAAUUUGCUGUAGAAAUGGCUGAAGUCAUGUUCGGGGUUCUGGAUUAAAGUUAAAAUGUCUGAAGAAUUUGCGGACAUCUCCGAAGGCUCCGCAGGGAUCAUGUAUGCUGCCACAUUCAACUUGAGCUGUCCUGUUUUCAACACCACUAACCGCUCUCUCGCAGACUACUACCGCCUGUCGGACUUUGACAAACCGGACCUGGUGGCAGAUGGAGCCGCCGCUCUGAGGAUCACCAUCUCCGUCAUUUAUUCUCUGGUUUGUGCGUUGGGUCUCAUUGGGAAUGUUCUGGUUUUGUACCUGAUGAAGUCUAAACAAGCCUGGAGGAAGUCCUCCAUAAACCUGUUUGUGACCAGUUUGGCUGUGACGGACUUCCAGUUCGUCCUGACUCUGCCGUUCUGGGCGGUGGAGAACGCGCUGGACUUCACCUGGCUGUUUGGAAAAGCCAUGUGCAAGAUAGUUUCGUACGUAACAGCUAUGAACAUGUACGCCAGUGUGUUUUUUCUGACCGCCAUGAGCGUGGCUCGGUACUGGUCCCUGGCCUCUGCUCUGAAGGGCAGAAGGCGGAGGACGCACUGCUUCUCCGCCCGCUGUAUCACCCUGUUCAUCUGGGUGGCCGCCGUGUCCGCAGCUCUGCCCCACGCAGUUUUCUCCACCACCGUCACAGUUUCCAACGAGGACUUGUGCCUGGUGAAAUUCCCGGACACCAACGGAACGGCGCAGUUCUGGCUGGGUCUGUACCACUCUCAGAAGGUGCUGCUGGGUUUCGUGGUGCCGCUCUUCAUCAUCUCCGUCUGUUACCUCCUGCUCCUGCGCUCCAUCACCUCCAAAAACAUCAACAGCUCCAGCGCAAAAAGACGCGCCAAGGUCACCAAGUCCGUCACCAUCGUGGUCCUGUCCUUCUUCCUCUGCUGGCUGCCCAACCAGGCCUUGACAGCAUGGGGCAUCCUCAUCAAAUUCAACGUGGUCCAUUUCACUUAUGAAUACUACACCACGCAGGUGUACGUGUUCCCCGUGUCCGUGUGCCUGGCGCACUCCAACAGCUGCCUCAACCCCAUCCUGUACUGUCUGAUGAGGAGGGAGUUCAGGAAAGCGCUGAAAAAACUCUUCUGGCGCUUGGCUUCGCCCACUCUGACCACCAUCAGGCCGAUCACAGGCAGCACGAAGCCGGAGGUGGACGAGCAGGGACGCGUCCUCCUGCCGGGGAGCGCGCCCCAGGAGCCCACGGUGGUGUUUUACCCCCCAGGAGCGGUGGUGUACAAUGACAGGAGAGACCUGCCGCAAAACAGCACCUAA